AGCCGACCCCGGCAUGGCCGUGCAGGCCGCCCUCCUCGCCCCGCAUCGCUUCGCCCCCUUCCUCUUCCCCGGGUCCCCGGCGUCCGGGCCGCCGGGCGCCGACUCGCUCCUGCCGGGCCAGGGCGGCUGCCGCGGCGGGGACGAGAGCCGGGGGGCCGGGGUCCCCCGGCCCGACGGUGCGGCCGCCCAGGCCGGGGCCGGGGACUGCAGGGAGGCCACCCGGGACCUGCUGAGCUUCAUCGACUCGGCCUCCUGCAAUAUCAAGAUGGCCCUGGACAAGCCGGGUAAGUCGAAGCGGAAGGUCAACCACCGCAAGUACCUGCAGAAGCAGAUCAAGAGGUGCACGGGCAUGGCGUCGACCCCCGGCCCGUCGGCCCCCGGCCCGUCGUCGACUCCCGGCUCUUCGACGGCCGCCUCCGAGGUGCCCCCCAGGCGGCCCCCGGCGGCCUCGCCCCCCGCCGCCGCCUCCGGGACCCCAGCGGCCCAAGGCAGGACACCCCCUCCGCGGCGGGAGGGCGGGCAGGCGGCCGCCGCCCUGCAGAGCCGCAGCCUGGCCGCCCUUUUCGACUCCCUGCACCCGCCCCGCCGGGGCGCCCCUCCGGCCCCCGCCGCGGCCCCCCGCGCCUCCGCCGGCAGCCCGGGCCCCGCCAAGAAGCUGCCCCUCCGCCACCGCAACCUGCCCCCGUCCUUCUUCACCGAGCCCACCCAGGCCCGGGGCCCAAGGGAGCCGGAGAAAGGCGGCGGCGAGCCGGCGGCCGAGUUCUUCGACCUGCUGGGACCGGACUACGGCGGGGCCCAGCUGGAGCCCGCCCUGUUCGAGGGGCAUCCGGCCGUGGUCGGGGGGCUGCUGUACCCCGAGGCCUGGAGCCCCCCGUGCCCCCUGCCCAAGAAGGCCUCCUCCGGCGGCCCCUUGACCUUGGACGAGUCCCUGGGUUCCGCCCCCGGCUUGGGGGCGACCGGCGGCGGGGGGGAGGAGACCCCCGGCCAGCCCCCGGCCUUCGCCCCUUUCUUCCCCGACUGCCCCCUGUCUCCUCCCCCGACCCCCCAGAUGCCCUACGAUUUCAGCGCGGGCUUUAGCCGGGGGGGCUUCUCCGGCCUUUAGAGCUUCACCUGGACGCAAGGGACCACCCCCCUUCACCUGGACACAGGGAACCCCCUCCUUCACCUGGACACAAGGGACUGAGAAAUGACUAUUUUGGGGGUCGUUCCCUCGCCUGAGAAGCAACGGAGGUUAGGGGUGAAGACUCUUCCCAUCCGAGUCCCUCCUCACCCCGGCCAAGCGUCUUAAAACGGGAGCCCUGCCAUCCCUAGGAAGAAAACCCCCGAUGGGGUCUGCGUUUCUGUCCCUCAGACUUCUCUCUCCCCUCCCUGCCGGUCGCUGAGCUCUGCAAAAAAUGGAUUUGCGUGCCGUGGGUUUUCCAUAUCUCUCUCCCCUUCUCAAUUCGGGGCUUUGCCCUGCGUUUUUCUUCGCAGGAUGUUAGCUACUGCGGCGCGGCAUCAAGAGGAAAGAUGUGAUUUCUUGGGGCGUCUUUCUAGAUGGCAGCGGGCCUCGUGUCCUUAGCCGUCAUUAAAGAGGGGAAGUUAUAUUUUAGAGGUGAACGAUAGGGAUAGAUGUGACAUUACGGUGAGAGGUCGGACUGUUUGGAAGCAGCCUGGACUGAUUGUAGAGUUAGGUCCUUCCACACGUGUUAGGUUUUUAAGACACACACACACACACACACACAUCCCCUUCUUUCCAGGGGGUUUUCACGAGGGGUCAGACGCACCACCUCACCACGUCCUUUCUGCGCCUUCCCUUCCGCCGCAGAGAUAAGUUAUGAUAAACACGAGUCACUUUGAACGUCACCACCUCAUGCACUUCUUCAACUUGCCAGAACAUCACGUUUGACUCUUCGAAGAGGGAGACUACAGCAUCCAGCUGUGCAGCGAACACCGUUUGAACUGCACCACACACCCGCCGUAAUCAUUUCGGGUCCGGGCUCUUUUAGGAAUAAUAGCGAUGGUACUUGUUAAGCUCUUACUACGUGACUAGCGCUGUUCUAAGCCCUGGGGUAAGGUACCAGUUAAUCAUA